AUGCGGUUCAACGCAGCAAUCACUCCGGCCCUCUAUGCAUCAGCUCUCCUCGCUGGUACGGCAUUCGCCCAAGAGGAGGCAGAGACAUCAACGAGUGCUGUUGAGCGGCCCACCUUCACUCCCACCAGCCUUAAAGCGCCCUUCCUAGAACAAUUCACCGACGAUUGGGACACGAGAUGGACCCCUUCACAUGCCAAAAAGCAAGAUUCCAAGAGUGAUGAAGACUGGGCGUAUGUCGGUGAAUGGGCGGUCGAAGAACCGACUGUCCUUCCCGGCAUCGUUGGCGACAAAGGCUUGGUUGUGAAGAACGCAGCCGCGCACCAUGCCAUUUCAGCCAAGUUCCCUUCUGUCAUCAACAACAAGGGCAAGACCCUUGUCGUCCAAUACGAGGUCAAGCUUCAGAAUGGCCUCGAGUGUGGUGGUGCAUAUAUGAAGUUGCUCCGUGAGAACAAGGAACUGCACGCAGAGGAAUUCUCCAACGCCUCUCCCUACGUGAUCAUGUUUGGUCCCGACAAGUGCGGAGCUACUAACAAGGUCCAUUUCAUCUUCCAGCACAAGAACCCAAAGACUGGCGAAUACGAGGAGAAACACCUGAAGAGCCCCCCACAAGCCAAAACUGGCAAGCUGACCACACUCUAUACCCUCAUCGUUAAGCCAGACAAUACUUUUGAAAUGUUGAUCGACAAUGCGUCCGCCAAGAAUGGAAGUCUCCUGGAUGACUUCUCUCCUGCGGUUAACCCUCCCAAAGAAAUUGACGAUCCGAAGGACAAAAAGCCCGAUGACUGGGUAGAGCAAGCUCGAAUCCCCGACCCCGAAGCUGUCAAACCCGAGGAAUGGGAUGAGGAUCAACCUUACGAGGUGGUUGAUGAGGAGGCUGAGAAGCCCGACGAUUGGCUCGAGGAUGAACCUGCGACAAUUCCUGACCCAGAAGCUGAGAAGCCCGAAGACUGGGACGAUGAAGAAGAUGGUGACUGGAUUCCUCCUCAAGUCCCCAAUCCCAAGUGCGAUGAAGUGUCUGGGUGUGGCAAAUGGGAACCUCCGAUGAAGAAGAAUCCUCUCUACAAGGGCAAGUGGACUGCACCAUUCAUCGAAAACCCUGCCUACAAGGGACCCUGGGCACCACGCAAGAUCCCUAACCCCGAUUAUUUCGAGGACAAGACUCCUUCCAACUUCGAACCCAUUGGAGCAAUCGGCUUUGAAAUCUGGACCAUGCAGUCCGACAUUACCUUUGACAACAUUUACAUUGGUCACUCCAUCGAAGACGCCAACGCCUUCCGCGCCGAAACUUACGAUGUCAAGCGACCCAUCGAAGAAGCUGAGGAUGCAAAGAGCAGACCCAAACCCGAAGACAUUCCUAAGUCACCCUCAGAUCUCAAAUUCAUGGACGACCCGGUCACUUUCAUCAAAGAGAAGCUUGACCUUUUCAUUACCCUGGCCAAGAAAGACCCGGUUGAGGCCAUCAAAUUCAUGCCCGACGUCGCUGGCGGUAUUGGUGGCGCUUUGGCGCUACUCAUCGCCAUCAUUGUUGGUCUCUCAAGCAUGGGUGGAUCUCCCCCCGUUCCUAGCAAGGAAGACGUGAAGAAGGCAGCACAGAAGGCCAAGGAUACUGCCACUGAGGUCAAAGAGAAGGUGCAGGAUGCUGCAGCCAGUGGUGCCGAGGCGACCAAGAACGAAGCCAGCAAGAGAGUUACUCGAUCGAGCGGUAACUCGGAGUAG